AUGACCUUAAUUGCAAUUACUACAAAUGCUUCUGUUACUCAAAAUAUUCUUAAUAUAUCUUUAUUAGAACCUUCUGUUAAUAAUUCUAAUCAUAAUCAAGAAUAUUUGCUUAUUUCUCAAGCUACAAAUGAGUCAUUAGCAAAUUUUUCUAAAGUUGCCUCAAAUAAUAAAACAAAUUAUUGUUGGACAUCAUUUGAAACUAGAAUUCUUAUUGAGGAAGUCAGUAAAAAUCAAUAUGCAUUGCAACAGAUAAGAGACCCAAGGGAGAAGGAACAUAUUUGGGAUAAAAUUAUUUCAAACAUUCAAGAUUCAACUUCAAGUUUAAUUUUAAAAGAACAAUCUAAGAUAUCAUUUCAACAAAAAUAG